UUUAGAUUUUUAAAAGCUUUUAUUGUUUAUUAUUUAGCAAAAUGGUUUCAUUCAAUCGUUUAUCAUAAAAUAUACACGACAAAACAAUAAAACUAUAAUCAAAUUAUUUUCAAAAUAGACGCAAAUAUAAAAACGAAAAUUACAUAAUAAACAGUGUUACCAACUGAAGCAUUUAAAACAGCUGUUGACUUUUGGAAUGGCAACAAAUAUAAAAUAUGUCUAAAAAAGUUUCCAAAAAAUAUUUGAAAAAAAAUGUUAGUAAUAUAAAAUAAAUAAUGAGUAGAGAUGUGUGUAAUACCAGUAAAAGUUUAGAUAGUGAAAGUGUAGAUAUUUCCGAUGUAGAAAAAGAAGUAACAAAUGUGAUAUUAAGUGGUAAAGACGAAAUAGAGCCAAUUGAAAAUGAAGAAAAUAUUUGGAUAAACGAUCCAGAUAAUGCCGAUGUCGACGAUGAUCUUGAGAACCUUAACAUAGCAAAUUUUUUUCAUAGAGUUGAUAGUGAUCAAAUCAUAUACCAGAAGAAAAAACGAAAAUUAAAGCUGGUUGGGAAAUAUGUAAUGGGUGAUUUGCUUGGGGAGGGGUCCUAUGGGAAGGUAAAAGACAUGCUAGAUUCGGAGACUUUGUGUAGAAGGGCUGUUAAAAUUCUAAAACAAAGGAAAUUGAGGAGGAUACCAAAUGGUGAACAAAAUGUAGAAAGGGAAAUAAAACUGCUCAGAAAACUGAAACACAAAAACCUGAUAAACCUCGUAGAUGAAUUGUACAAUCAUGAAAAGCAAAAGAUGUAUUUGAUAAUGGAGUUCUGCGUCGGAUCUCUUCAAGGCAUGUUGGAAUCGACUCCUAAUAAUAAGUUUCCCCAGUAUCAGGCGCACGGGUAUUUUAUUCAACUCAUUGAUGGACUUGAGUAUCUGCACAGCAUGAGAGUUGUACAUAAAGAUAUUAAACCGGGAAAUCUUCUGCUUACACUGGAUGGGGAACUGAAGAUAACCGAUUUGGGGGUGGCAGAGACCAUAGACCUGUUCGCCAAAGACGAUACUUGCUAUAUAGGACAAGGAUCCCCAGCAUUUCAACCUCCCGAAAUCGCGAACGGUUUGGAGUCUUUUCCAGGGUUCAAAGUAGAUAUUUGGAGUAGCGGGGUUACACUGUACAAUAUAACAACCGGUCUGUAUCCUUUCGAAGGCGGUACGAUUUUUAGGCUCUUCGAAACAAUAGGCAAAGGCGAAUUCACCAUUCCCGAUGAGAUUGAUGAACCGCUCAGAAGUUUGAUCGUUGGAAUGCUACAAAAAGAACCCGAAAUUAGGUUUAAUCUUCGACAAAUAAGACAGCAUUCAUGGUUCAGCAGAAGACCGCCAUAUUCUAGUCCUCCAGUGCCCAUUCCGCCGCUACGCGAAGACAGGUUUCACAAAAUGACUGUGCUGCCUUAUUUGGUCGAUCACUACUACAAUGAUCCCAAUGAUAAUUCAAACGAUGUACAAUUUUUAACCGAACACGAACUAAAUGAACUGGAACGAUCAAAGGCCGACGCUGAAUAUUCAAACGGAAAUGCUCACUCAAGUUCAGGCAGACGGCAUAAAAGUCGAAACAAGAAAAACGUAUCCUGUAUAUCUGUAAAAAAUUUUCCCGGGUGUAAACAAUCGUGACAAAUCUUUUUUACUAUUAUUUGUAAUAAUUUUGUUAUAAUGACAUAUUUUUGAUAAAAAAAAAUCAUAGAACUUGUAUUAAAUACUUUGUUAAUAUUUGUAAUUUUAUAUUGUUGUGUUGUUGUCAGAUGAGUUUAAUUAUUUUUGUUGCUGUUGUUUGGAAUACCGUGAAUUAUAACAAAUGUAUUUAAUAUGAGGAUGCAUGAGAAGUGCCAUAUUGAAAUUUAGAGGU